AAGCCAUAUACAAUAUAGACGAUGUCACUGCAAAGCAACAUUAAGUAGAUCAUUACAGUGUUCCCCACUCUGUUCCUCCACAGAUUCUUUGUUGUCUUUAGUUCAUAUUUCACUCCUAACAUUGACACACAUAAACACAGAGAGAGAGAGAGAUCUCUACAGUGAAAAAUGGAAACUAAUUCGGUUUCUAAGGUGUUCAUCUUGUUGAGUAUGGCAUUGUUAAUGGGUACUCAGCUAAUAAGCUGCAGUGUGACCUAUGAUAAUAAGGCUAUAAUCAUCGAUGGGCGACGGAGAAUCCUUCUCUCUGGCUCUAUACAUUACCCCAGAAGCACCCCUGAAAUGUGGAAAGAUCUUAUACAAACGGCAAAAAAUGCAGGGUUAGAUGUUAUUGAGACAUAUGUGUUCUGGAAUGUCCACGAGCCUUCCCCUGGCAAUUAUAAUUUUGAGGGAAGAUAUGAUCUUGUACGAUUUAUAAAGACUGUGCAAAGCCUUGGGCUGUAUGUUAAUCUCCGCAUAGGACCUUAUGUUUGUGCCGAGUGGAACUUUGGAGGGUUUCCUGUAUGGUUGAAAUAUGUACCUGGUAUCAGUUUCAGAACAGAUAAUGAGCCUUUCAAGGCGGCAAUGCAAGGGUUCACCCAGAAAAUUGUUCAGAUGAUGAAAAGUGAAAACUUAUUUGAAUCCCAGGGAGGCCCCAUUAUCUUAUCACAGAUUGAGAACGAGUACGGGCCACAAAUAAAGGUGCUAGGAGCUGCUGGUACGGCAUACAUGAAUUGGGCUGCAAAAAUGGCUGUUGGACUGGAUACAGGCGUCCCAUGGGUAAUGUGCAAGGAAGAUGAUGCGCCUGACCCUGUGAUAAAUACAUGUAAUGGUUUUUACUGUGAUGCUUUUUCUCCAAACAAAGCUUACAAGCCGAAAAUGUGGACUGAGGCUUGGAGUGGCUGGUUCACAGAAUUUGGUGGCCCAAUUCACCAGCGACCAGUUCAAGAUUUAGCAUUUGCAGUUGCUCGAUUCAUACAAUUGGGUGGUUCAUAUGUUAACUAUUACAUGUUCCAUGGAGGAACCAACUUUGGUCGCACUGCUGGAGGCCCUUUCAUUACGACAAGUUAUGACUAUGAUGCUCCAAUUGAUGAAUAUGGUCUGAUCAGGGAACCUAAGUACAGCCACUUGAUGAAGCUCCACAAGGCUAUUAAACUGUGCGAACCGGCAUUAAUUUCUUCUGAUCCUUCGGUUAUUACCCUAGGCAAGUCCCAGCAGGCUCAUGUAUUCUCAGUGGGGGAAAGUUGUGCAGCCUUUCUCUCAAACUCCGAUAGUAACUCUGAUGCAAGGGUGAUAUUCAACAACAUGCACUAUGAUUUGCCUCCUUGGUCUGUCAGCAUUCUUCCCGAUUGCAGAAACGUAGUCUUUAACACUGCAAAAGUUCACUCUCAAACUUCUGGGAUGCAAAUGUUGCCUACCAAUUCUAAUUUCCAAUCAUGGGAGACAUAUGAUGAAGAAAUUUCGUCUUUAGAGGAUAGUUCAACAUUGACAGCUGUUGGACUCUUGGACCAGAUAAAUGUCACCAGAGAUAGUAGUGAUUAUUUGUGGUACAUGACUAGUGUUGACAUUCAGUCAUCAGAAUCAAUUCUGCGAGGUGGACAAAAGCCUACUCUCACCGUGCAGUCAAGAGGCAAUGUACUACAUGUCUUUAUAAAUGGGCAGCUCUCAGGGUCCGGACAAGGUAACUGGCAGAAAACAGGAUUCACAUUUAAUGGACCUAUCAAUUUGCUUCCCGGGACAAAUAUGAUUGCACUACUCAGCGUUGCUGUUGGAUUACCGAACAUUGGAGUGCACUUUGAGACUUGGGAAACAGGAGUUCUGGGACCAGUAGUAGUGAAAGGGCUUGACCAGGGAAAAAGGGACUUAUCUUGGCAGAAAUGGACCUACAAGGUUGGUCUUAAAGGAGAGGCAAUGAAUUUGGUCUCCUCAGAUGGAGUCUCAUCUGUAGAGUGGAUUCAAGGGUCAUUAGUUGACCAAGGCCAGCAGCCUCUCAAAUGGUAUAAGGCUUAUUUUGAUGCACCUGAAGGAGAUGAGCCAUUGGCUUUGGACAUGAAAAGUAUGGGAAAGGGUCAAGCAUGGAUCAACGGACAAAGCAUAGGAAGAUAUUGGACAGUUUAUGCAAAUGGUAACUGCGGUGUUUGCAAGUAUUCGGGAAUAUUCAAAACCUCAACAUGCCAAAUAGGCUGUGGUGAAGCAACCCAGCAAUGGUAUCAUGUUCCCAGGUCUUGGUUGAAGCCAACACAAAAUUUGUUGGUACUUUUUGAAGAACUAGGUGGAGAUGCAUCAAAGAUAUCGCUGGUGAAAAGAACGACUACCAGAGUCUAAAAAUCAGCAGCAGGGAACGACAAAAAACAGAGACUAAAACCACUCAACGCAGUUCAAGGAAGUGAAUAACCAACCAUAAACGGGAAGUUCAAUACAAGAAGCCUUCUGGUGGAAUUAUGAUUAUUUGCACACUGCCGUAGGAUGCGUAGCCUUAAAAGGGUAAUAAAAAUGUGAUUAGCACAUGCGAAAGGAAUAUGAUUAGCGAUAGGAUUUUCCAUUUAGUUCAUGAUGUGGUGGAGUUGGCUUAAUGUUUGUCCUAAAGUCCACUCCCUUAUCAUUUAUCCAAAAAUGUGCUGGCACAUGGAAUAUUAUUUAAAAUGAUAAGAAUUUAUGUUGUCAUUCUUUCUGGUCC